UAGGGCGUUGCACUUCUUUCCCCGGCCCAGGGACGGCCCUGGCCGGGGCUCCUUUUCCCCAUCGCCUCCUCUCCUGCCCCCGAUGGCGAUCUACACCACCGCAACCUCGCAAACCGCAGCCGCCCCGCGCCGAAUACCAGUCGGACUGAGGGCGGGUUCGUGCCGGAUUUGGAUCGCGUCGAUUUGACGCGCCGGUUCGCGUCCAAUCCACGCGAGGCGCCAAUAUAAGCGGCAUCCCUCUCCCCAAAUUCCAAACCGAAACGCGAGCCCCUGGCCUGCCCUGUCCUCGUGCGGCGUUCCAGUUGAGAGCAAUGGCGGGGCCCAGGAGCAGGAAGCGCGCGGCCGCGGAGGCCGCCGGCACGAGCAGGACGGCGGCGAGGCCGGUGAGGCGCGCCAGGGUGACGCCAUAGCCCAUGCCCGAGGCGGAGCACUUCGCCGAGAGGCGGAAUCUGGAGGAUCUUUGGUUGUCGGCCUUCCCCAUUGGAACCGAGCGGGAAAACAUUGACAAGAUAAAGGAGUUCAACUGGAACUUUCAAAAUCUAGAGAAAGCUCUAGAAGAAGGGGGAGAGCUGUAUGGGAAGACAGUUUACUUAUUUGCAAACACCGAACCUCAGCAAUUGCAUGUUAACGGCGAACAGAAGAUAGUACUUGUUCGUACUGUAGUCGCUGUUGAUUGUCCUUGCGCCCCGUCAGAUAAAGUUGGUAUAAAUUCUGUCCAAAGGGCAUAUGAAGAAAUACUACCAAUGAGAGCAAUGAAGAUGUCCUGGGUGCCCUAUGUUCCACUCGAGGACCGGCUCAGCAGGAUUGAGGGUUUGAAAACAAAAAUAUUCACUCUUCAUUGCUCCCAGCGAAGGUCUGCACUGAAGCAUCUGAAAACUGAGCAAGUCAAGAAGUUUGACUACUGCAUGCCAUAUUAUAUGCCGCUUAUUUCUCCUGAAGAGGACCAAGAUACAACUGUCGAUAUCAUAUAUCCUCUAGAACGCUCGAUAGUUUGCCCGUUUGACUGGGAAAUGGAUAAUUAUGAGGAGUUUACUGACGACCUAGUUAAAGCUGAGGAAUUGCCAGAGGAUGAGAGAGAAAAAUUUAAGGAAUUCGUAAAGGAGAAGGUUAGAGAAAGGAAGCGCGAGCUGAAACAGGCCAAAGAAGCCAGAAAAGAAGCUAUUGAUAACAUGGACCCUGAGAAAAAGAAGGCGUUUGAAAACAUCAAAUUUUACAAAUUUUAUCCUGUAAAUGCCCUGGACGCUCCUGAUUUAAGCAUACAAAAGGCAGAUUACAUCAAUAGAUAUUAUAUGAAGGCGCACAAACAGAGUUGAAGACCAAAAGAUCUAUCCUCACAUUUCGUGUGGGCAUUACAAAUUAAGUUGGCUUGAAGAGCCAGUAAAGAAUUUGAAUGGCAGGGGAGAUUAUCUUACUCAAUAUAUUCAGAUGCAGUUCCUUGUUGAACCAUGGAUCGGAUGAAUUGUGGCACCCGAAGUGUAUUUGUCCUACAGUUACACUCAAGACAGACUCCUGCCAAGCCUUAAGAGCAUCUUACUUGUGCAUUCUUUUUCAUUGCGCACAUUGUAAAUCCUACUAGUUACGGUAAAGGAUUGGCUUAGAAAUGAGCUCUAUGUGAAUCUUUGAGUCCUCAGAUUUUGCAACGUUGUAGCAAUAGCUCUAUUUGAUUCCGUAUGGUUUGCUGCUGUGUUGUUAA